GAGCUCACUUCCGUCGGCUUGACUCCGAUGAUUAUUCCCCCACUAGUCUCUCUCUCCGCUUUUGUUCUCACAGUCCCAUUCAGCCAUCGCUGCUGAGAACAACGGAGCCAGCCGCUCUGGAAACCACAAGCCACCGCAGAGUAGCGGACUCGUAUCACGCAGAAUAAACAUCCGUCCGGUCGCCACAUGCUCAGCGCAGUCCGCACAGAGGAUACGCGGCACUCCGUAGUUACAUAACUGGACUACUUCUUUUUUUUCUGUCAUUGUUGGGGCUUUUUUUCACGCUUUCUCUUUUCUUCGCACCGAGACUGACCUCCCCCCCAGUGUCUAAACUCAAAAUGGAGAACGACGACAAGUACCUCCCCGAGCUGCUGGCGGAGAAGGACAGUCUAGACUCGUCGUUUACGCACGCCAUGAAACUUUUAAACGCAGAAAUUGAUAGAAUCCAGAAAGGCGAGACUAAAAAGGAGGCAGAAACAUACCUGGACCUUUUCACAACAAAGAACAUCAAACUUAAGGAACGAGUGCUCAUACCAGUCAAACAGUACCCGAAGUUCAAUUUUGUGGGGAAGAUUUUGGGACCUCAGGGCAACACAAUCAAACGGCUACAGGAAGAGACUGGAGCCAAAAUCUCUGUGCUGGGCAAAGGAUCCAUGAGAGACAAAACCAAGGAGGAGGGGCUGAGAAAAGGCGGCGAGCCCAAGUACGCACACUUGUCCAUGGAGCUGCACGUGUUCAUCGAGGUGUUCGCCCCCGUGCCCGACGCCUACCUGCGUAUGGCACACGCCAUGGAGGAGGUCAAGAAGUUCCUGUUCCCAGAUAUGAUGGAUGAUAUCUGCCAGGAGCAGUUCAUGGAGAUGAGCUACCUGAACGGAGGCCAGGAGCACGGGGCCCGGGGUCGAGGGGGCAUGCCGGUCAGGGGCCGCGGGAUCCCUCCUGCUGGAGCACACAGGUGAGGAGAU